CACAAAAUGAGUCAGUGGUCAAGAUGGGGACUAGGCAAAGAAAUGGAGCUCUUGGGACGCUAAGGAUGCAGUGUUCUGGGAGUGACCUGCUGAGUUCUGCUUCUGGGAGCAUUGCAGGAAACAGGAUUUUAAUAGAUGAACACAUGCCCUGUGUCCCCAGCAUAGCCCACAGCAGGACAUCCCUGGGUCUCCCCUUGGCUGAGGUGGCCCGGCACCUACAGGAGAAGGCCAUUAGCAUAUGGGAAUCAGAAAAUUUCUUUCUUGACCUGGAGCCUCUGCCGGGGGCUGUGGAAGCUGUGAAGCAGAUGGCCAACCUAGAAAACACUGAUGUCUUCAUCUGCACGAGCCCCACAAAGAUGUACAAGUACUGUCCCUACGAGAAGUAUGCCUGGGUGGAGAAGCACUUUGGCUCUGACUUUCUGGAUCACAUUGUGCUGGCCACAGACAAGACCGUGGUCUCUGCCGACCUUCUCAUAGACGACAGGCCAGACAUCACAGGCAAGUGGCCUACGGCAGGGGCCGAGCCAAACCCCAGCUGGGAGCACAUCCUCUUCACGGCCUGUCACAAUCGGCACGUGCAGCUGCAGCCCCCCGGCCGCAGGCUGCACUCGUGGGCGGACGACUGGAAGGCCAUCCUGGACAGCAAGCGGCCCCGCUGAGCUGGACUGUGCUCUGGGCUCCGCCGCGGGGCCCCUGACCUCAGGGCUCCCAGCUCAGCGCCCCCCCAGGGCGGGGUGGGGGUCCCUCUCACAUGGCCCGGGCCCACUGCAUGUCUCCCCGCUCUCCCCAGCCCUGCCAGGCCUUAAACUGAUCUCGGGGCAGGGCUGGCCCAAGGGCCCUGGACAAGACCCGUCCGGCCAGGCGGUGCAGGCUGACCUCGGGCCAGGGCCAGGCUGCACGGGGCUAAAGGGGCUCCAGACCAGAAGGAGCCGAGGGCCAGCAGUCCUGCCCCCAUCCCUCAGGGAAGUCCCCCCCGCGCAUCGUGUCCAAGGCCCCUCGGCCAUGGUGCUGGCAGUGAGGUGUUGGCGGGGUGAGAGGGCUACGAGCAGGAGCAGGUGGGACGAGCCCUCACAGUCUGGGCCGCAGCCCCUCCCUCCCCUCCCCUUCCGCCGGGCCCCGCUCCCCCCACCCCCGCCCGGGGGCCCACCGUGGAUUCAGCAAACACUCCCUGAGUGCCAGGGCACGCCAGGCUCUGUGCUGGGGCCUCCGCACGCCGCCCUGCCUUGGACCGGCCGAGAGGUUUCACGCACUCCUGUCCCUGGGGCCCCGCUCAGGGCCCAGCAGUCAGCAGCCUUGAGCAUUUGUUGAAGGCCGGCCAAAUAAAUGCGGUUCACGUGUCGCCCGA